AUGUGGAUCGUCAAUCUUAUCAAAAAACAGUAUGCUCUUAAGAAGAUAGACACCAUUCAGAUGGAUAUGUUGUUGAAGCAGGUGUAUAGCUACCGAGAUGGCUUUGCUAUGUUGUUCGUUUACGACUGGGUAAAAAUUCCACUUGUGUAUACACAGGUAGUGGCCAUUGCAACUUAUGGAUAUUUCUUUAUUUGCCUGAUUGGUCGACAACCAAAACUGGAUCAAAAGUCAAUGGAAACUGAGAUCACUAUCCUAUUCCCCAUUUUCACGACUUUUCAAAUGCUAUUUUAUCUUGGUUGGCUGAAGGUUGGACAGUUCCUAAUGAAUCCCUUUGGAGAAGAUGACGAUGACUUCGAGCUGAACUAUGUGUUGGAUCGUAACACUUGUAUAGCACAUAUGAUGGCGACUGAAAUAGCAGACCAAUGUCCAGAUGUUGGUCCUCCUAUGGAGAAGCUCAUACCGCAUACAAGAGCUUCCUUCAAGAUACAGCCGGAAGACAUAGAGGAAAGUGAAAGACUACUGGAGCAGAGGAAAGGCCAAAGGCAAAGGCUUGGUGGUCUGAUCAGAGCCAUAGAUGAGGCGAAAAAGAAUUCCAAGAAGAAUGGGGACAUUGAAGAAGAGUAA